AUGCAGGAGACUUUUGCACUGAUGUGUCUGCUGUACGCCACGGCAUCGGGACUUCCUGUGACCCAGUCGCCAGACCAGGCCGCUCCCUCCACGAAGCUGCUCCGCACUGACCUGAUGGAGCCCGGGAAGCAGGCAUUCCUGCCGUAUGGGUAUUUCCAGUUCUUUCCGGCACUUUCCGGCAGCCAGCAGGCCCCCGCAUUUGGGACGCCCGUGCUCAUCCCGGCUCCGUUCCCCCAGCUGCCUGCAGGAACUGCGCAGCCUGCGCAAACUGCGCAAUUGUUGCAGCCAGGACAAAAUAUUCCUCCGACCCUCUACGUGUUUCAGCAGGCUCCGCAGGAAAGUGUGGGCAGCGGCAGCUCUGAGGAGCCGCAGGGAGGGAGAGGCAGGGGUAGACUGGAGGUGUACGUGCCCAACUUUGGGGCAGCACCACCCACACUCCCUGGAAGCCUCCCGAAUGGACUGGGGGACAGUCCUGCCAUGGGCAUCUUACCUGAGGGGCAAGACGGAGGGCCGCCUAGCUCUGCUGUUCUAUCUGCCUAUGGCAUACUUCCUGUUACAAGGGCUGUUGGGGAAUCCGCGACAAUGAAGAGCGCCCUCUUGUGCCUCUGUCUGGUCAGCACGAUAGGUGCUGCUCCUAUGAAGACCUUCUAUGAGUAUCUUCCUCAGGCUGGAGCCCCACAGCAAAGAAGCGGUCCGUACUUCCCCCUGGCACAGCCCCCACCACAGCCAGGCCUCAACGGCCCCGUCAGCAUUGAAAUGGUGAUGAUGCCAAGAUACCCUAGUAAUGGUCCAGCUGGAGAGCCCAACUCACCCCAGGUAUUUCUGAAGUACAAAAUGCCCAAGACGCCCGGCAUGAAGAGCAUGGAGAUUUUCUACCCCAUCGACUACACCCAGCAGCAGCAGAUCUUCUCCAGAUAUGGACUGAUGCCACCAAUGCUUCCUCAGCAGAACCAGAACCAGAACGUGUUCCCGCCCAACACCAUGCCACAGAAUGGGCCCCAAAACCCAUCCCCCCCUCAGGCCCAGGCCCAGCCCCCCCCCAAGGAUCUGGCAGGACUCACCCUCUGA